AUGGCAAGAAGUAGAACUAUGUCUUCUCUGAUCUUCAAGUUCAUCUUCUUCAGUCUUUUCUAUAGGCUGCUCGUUUCUGGCUCUCAUAUUGACAAUGAUGGUCGGAAGACUUAUAUUGUAUACAUGGGGAGCAAGCCAGAGGACACAACUUCCACUCCUUUGCAUCAUAGGGCAAUGUUGGAAGAAGUCAUCGGCAGUACUUUUUUUUUAGCUGCUCCGGAGUCGUUGCUCUACAGCUACAAGAGAAGUUUCAAUGGAUUUGCAGUGAGACUCACCGAAGAAGAAGCUCUAAAGGUUGCUGCAAAGGAGGGUGUGGUCUCUGUGUUCCCAAAUGGAAAGAAGCAUCUUCAUACCACAAGAUCAUGGGAUUUCAUGGGGUUUUCACAGAGCGUUCCUCGGGCACAUCAAGUAGAAAGCGACGUCGUUGUCGGAGUUUUGGACACCGGGAUUUGGCCGGAGUCUCCAAGUUUCAUCGACGAAGCUUUCGGUCCACCUCCGGCCAAAUGGAUGGGAGCAUGCCAAGCCGCCGACGACUUUCGUUGCAACAAAAAAAUCAUCGGAGCUCGAGUGUACCGUAGCGAAAGCUUGCCCCCAAGUGACAUUCGAAGCCCAAGAGACUCAAACGGGCAUGGCACGCACACCGCAUCGACCGUGGCUGGUGGUCUCGUGGAACAGGCAAGUCUGUACGGUCUUGGCAUUGGCACGGCGAGAGGAGGGGUUCCCUCGGCGCGCAUCGCUGUGUACAAGAUAUGUUGGUCCGAUGGGUGCUCCGAUGCCGAUAUUCUUGCGGCGUUCGACGACGCGAUCGCGGACGGUGUCGAUAUCAUAUCUCUUUCAGUUGGGGGGAGCGAACCCAAUUCUUACUUCAGCGAUCCCAUUGCCAUUGGAGCUUUCCACGCCAUGAAACAUGGAAUAUUGACCUCCAACUCCGCCGGAAAUGAAGGUCCCAAUUACUUCACUGCCUCAAACAUCUCUCCAUGGUCUCUCUCUGUGGCUGCAAGCACCACUGAUAGAAAGAUAUUGACACAAGUGCAGCUUGGCAAUGGAAAUAUCUAUCAGGGGGUUGCAAUUAAUACAUUUGAUCUUCUGGGAAAACAAUAUCCCUUAAUUUAUGCUGGAGAUGCACCCAACAUCGCCGGAGGUUUCAAUGGCUCCAUCUCCAGGCUUUGUGUUGAAAACUCAGUGGAUAAAAACUUGGUGAGAGGAAAAAUCCUUGUUUGCGACUCCCUUUUGGGUGCUUCAAAAUUGGCUUCCUUCAAUGCCACAGUUGGCAUCGUAAUGCAAGACCUCAGACUCAAGGAUUACGCAUCCUCUUAUCCCUUCCCUGCUUCCUAUCUCCGCACAGCAGCCACCGAUGACAUUCAACUCUACAUCUCUUCAACCACAGAUCCGACUGCAACCAUUUUGAAGAGUAUUGCAGUGCAGGAUGCUUCGGCUCCUGUCGUGGUUUCCUUCUCCUCUAGGGGUCCCAAAUUUAUAACACGUGAUAUUCUCAAGUCGGAUUUGAGUGCACCGGGAGUUGAAAUUCUAGCUGCAUGGUCUCCGUUGGCGCCGGUGUUGGGAGUUAAGGGAGAUUCAAGGAGUGAGCUUUAUAAUAUAAUCUCAGGGACGUCCAUGUCUUGCCCACAUGCGACUGCAAUUGCUGCAUAUGUCAAAACAUUCCAUCCCACCUGGUCUCCUGCCGCGCUAAAGUCAGCUCUCAUGACAACUGCUUUUACGAUGAAUGCGAAACUCAACCCACAAGCAGAGUUUGCAUAUGGUUCAGGCCAUGUGAACCCACUGAAGGCAGUAAAUCCAGGGCUGGUCUAUGACGCGAAUGAAGGCGACUAUGUCAAAUUCUUGUGUGGCCAAGGGUACAGCACCGCCAUGGUCCGGCGCAUCACGGGCGACAGCAGUGCUUGUACUCCCGGCAACAUUGGAAGGGUGUGGGAUCUGAACUAUCCUUCUUUUGCACUUUCAACAGCCCCUUCACGACCCAUCAACCAAUUCUUCAGAAGAACUCUCACAAACGUGGAAUCUGGAGCGUCCACGUACAGUGCUGUGGUUUUUGGCCCACCGGAUGGCCUCCACAUCACAGUGAAUCCUUCUGUUCUUUCAUUCAAUGGCGUUGGAGAUACGAAAUCUUUCAAUUUAACAGUUCAAGGAACGGUGAGCCAGGCCAUAGUCUCUGCUUCUCUGGAGUGGAGUGAUGGUGUGCAUCAAGUGAGAAGCCCUAUAACAAUCUACUUUCUUAAAUAA